AUGACUCUAGCUUCUUCACCUGAUGAAUCUGUUAAUGCAUUAUCAUCAACAUCACCUCCAACAAUAACAACCAGUACAAGCACUGCAUCCACUCUAACGAAUAGUUCACCGUAUCCAGUUUCACCAAGAACCAAAAACGCCAUGCCUUCAUCGAUUUUCACAUCUUUAGAUCAAACUAUAGGAAGCUCAACUGCUACCAAUAGUACUUGUUCACCAAUCACAAGACCAUCAACACCAUUAUUGCCCCCGUUAGAAGAUUUAGUGAAUGAUUGUUUCUUACAUUCCAUGGGUCAAUUAGAAGAUGAAGGCAAAAUUAAAGUAGUCCAAGACUUUACAGACUAUUUAACAAAGCAACAUACCCAAGAAAACUUGAAUUUCCUAGUUGAUAUUUAUCGUUACGAAUAUUAUUAUAAAUUGAAAUUCGAUCAGAAUAAUAACGAACAAGAAGCUUCAACAAACAACUACGUUUCAAAUGGAACCCUGAAUUGUAAUAAUAAUGAAUCAGAACUAAAUCUGCGAUAUCAUUCGUGUUGCUCGCUCGAAUCAUUGUCCAAUAUGCGUAAAACGCGGCUGAUACAGUCGGUUGAUUUAGAUCCUCAAAACGCUUUUGUUUCUACGAUUGAUGAUUUAGAUGAUUUUGGAAAUGCAAACGAGAAUAUAUGGGACAAUUUGAAGGACAAGUACACUUGUAGUGACGACGAAAAUGACAACAAAAGUCAAGAUCAAUCUGUCAAUAAUCCAAAUGAUGAACAAGAUCCUGAUAUUAUUUUAUUAAAUGACGAAUGGAAAUAUAUUAUGAACACUUAUAUCAAAUGUGAUUCGCCCAUGGAGAUCAAUAUAUCACAAACUUUGUUCAAGCAAAUUGUCCAAGAGUCAGCAUUCUCAAGAUUACACCACCCACAGACGUUAACUAAAGCUAGCAAGGAAGUAUUGCGAAUGUUAAAUGAAAAUGGCUACGUUAAUUUCAACAGCCAUAUGAAGAAAUUACUCCGAAAACAGCUGAAAAGUCCUACCAGUAGUACACCAAUAUUAUCACCAAGUACAUCACCAUUACCCUACAUUGGUGACAGCAUGAGUCCAUCGUCACUUACAAGUAAGACUAAACCCUACAACAUUCCAAACAAUAUUCAGACACAUCGAGCAAGCAAAAGUAUAGUUAGCUCUCCGGGGAGGUCAUCUACGAUUAAUCACAGCAAUACGGAGAGUGGUUCGUUUUUCAGUAAAUUUUCCAGCUUGCCGAAAAAGACAAACAAAAUUUUGAAUUCUGCCAACGGUAACAAUUCCAGUGGUACCGAUAAUUCGUCAACUACAUCGUCGUCUUCAUCUACAGCGUCAAUAUCUGUAUUAUUGGGUCAUUUGAAACUUGGCAAAGAUAACAAUGGUAAUCCCACUGCCGCCUCCACUUCCAAUUUGAAUGGUAAUCAUGACAAACAUGUAAGCUCCCGUUCUCAUAAAAUUUCACAUCAGCAUCUGGUUCAUCGUAGCCACCACCAUCAUACAAAUCAUCACAUUAAAAGAACAGGCACUUUCCAUGGCGUAAGUGUGAAUGACCCCGAAUCUAGUAAUAGUAGUGACGUUGGAAGUGAUUAUCGUUCAUUAAAUGCAAGUCCAGUUUCAAUCAAUAAUGAAUCAGGUGGUACUUCGUCUUUAAAAUUUUGGUCAAGAAAGAAGUAA